AUGUUCGAAAACAUCAUCCCUCUCCAGCUCACGCAAUCUCAACGCAGACUGCGUGACUCAAAGCCUCUAUUCCCCCGGUCUUCAACCACCGCCAACAACAUAAUCGAUAUCCGGCCCCAUCCCGAAAUGACAGAUAACACCCUCCGCGAAUCGAUCCAGGAGAGUCUCAACAAGAUCACGAGCGGUCAAGACAGUGAAUUUUAUGUUGGAAUGCCAAGUCUACUCCUCUGGAAUGAACAGGGACUACGAUACUUUGAGGACGUCACGUAUAGUCCUUCGUACUAUCUGACCAAUGAAGAGAUUGGAUUGUUGGAGAAGCACAAGUACAAGAUUGCGGAACGGAUUGAGUCGGGGAGUAUGCUUGUUGAGCUUGGUAGUGGAAACCUCCGCAAAAUCAAAGUCCUCCUCGAAGCCCUAGACAACCUCGGCCGAGAGGUGGAUUACUUCGCUCUCGACGUGUCAUUACCAGAACUACAACGCACUAUCUCCCUCGUCCCACCAGGCUAUUUUAGACAUGUCCGCUGUUUCGGUCUUUUGGGGACUUACGACGACGGCCGCGAGUGGCUCAAUAAACCUGAACUACAAUCCCGGCCCAAGACGUUGUUGUCUCUCGGAUCUACGCUGGGAAGUUUCCAACGACAUGAAAUCGGUGGAUUUUUGAGAAGUUUCUUCUCAUCAUCAGGAAGAAAUCCGUCGUUCUUUGUUGGUCUUGAUGGAUGUAAAGAUGCUCAACGAGUGUAUAAUGCAUACAAUGACCCGGAAGGCGCGAAUCAGCGGUUCGUUAAGAAUGGGUUGCAUAGAGCAAAUCAAAUUCUGGCUUAUGAAGCCUUUGAUUUGGAGCAUUGGCAUGUCAAGGGUGUAUGGGAAGAGGAGAAUGGUCGACAUAGUCAAUACUAUUACCUGGACGCUGAUGUCAGUCUUGGUGAUGGAAUGCAAGUCCCCGCUGGAAAGAGUCUGUUGGCGAUUCAGAGUCAUAAAUAUGAUUCUGAUGAUCAGGCUUGGUUAGCUGAGAGUGCUGGCUUGGAGAUUGUGGAAUCGUGGUCGUCGGGGCAGGGUUACAGUUUGUUGUUCUUGGGCGAGCAGAAGCAAUGAGCGAGAUUGUAGCAGUAAUUAUGUAGUUAAUUGUCAAUAGAAGAG